AUGUCAAGCGUCAUCGUCCAGCCCAUCAAUGCCUCCGACCCGGGUCUAGGAGCAUUGGUCCAAAACAUCGACCCAGCACACAUGUCCGAGGAAGACUUUACCGUCCUCCACAACGCCCUCUAUACGCACAACGUCCUCUGUAUCAAAUCGCAAGGCAAACUGACCCCCAAAGACCAAGCCGAAUUGACUCGCCGCUUCGAUCCGGCGGCCUUGUCAUACGGACAUGGCAGGACCAUAGACGCCAAACGUUCCGUCCUCCAUCCCGACCUCAAAACCAUCCCUCACCAGCCCGAGGUCCAGGUCAUCGGCAACGGCUUCGUGCCUGAGUACGAGGGCCUGAAGAACAUCACACUGCGACAUCCCCACCAUCGAACCUUCCACAAGACCGUGAUCCCGAACGCACAGGAUCUAGACUAUACCCGCUUCUACCGAUGGCAUAUUGACGCCGCGCUUUACGGCCAACUCAACCCGCCGCUCGUUACAUCCCUGCUGGCCGUCAAGGUGCCCGGCGGCAGGAGACAGACGGUCCUGUAUGACGACGGGACCGACGAUGUCCUCGAUGUCCCCCUCGGCACCACCGCCUUCGUGUCCGGGUACAAGAUGUUCGACAACCUGACUCUCGAGCAAAAAGACUUUGCCCUGACGUCCAAAGUCGAGUACGCACCUCAUCCGUACGUCUGGAUCUCGACUACCAAGUCCCGUUCGGACGGCCUCGGGAUGGUCUCCGAAGGCAAGGAAGUCCCCAUCGACGAGUUGCCUCCCAUCGAGAAUGAGACCGAUACCCAGAUCCUUCCCAUGGUGUGGAAGAACCCCGUCACGGGCCGGUUCGCUUUACAGAUCCACCCUUCCGUGGUGCGCAAGAUCCAUCUGAAAGACGGCACCGUGAUCGACGACCUGGCAAAGGUUCGCGAGAUAGUGCACAGCAUGCAACGGCCCGCGAUCGCUCCCAAGUACGUCUACGCGCAUGACUGGGAAGAGGGUGACCUAGUCUUGUUCAACAACCAUGGGGUCUUGCACACUGUCGUCGGGGCAUUUGCAGAGGACGAGGUCCGAUUGUUCCGCCAGUGUAACUUGGCCGCGAGUCGCCCUCCUCUAGGACCCAUCAUAUCGUCAUCGUAA